AUGCAUCCUAUCGCGUUACAACUCUUUUACUUGUUCACAUUUGCAGCAAUUAGUCCAGUGCUGGCUGCAUAUUGUAAGCUAUCUCCCUCUGACAAAAGUUGGCCUUCUCCCGAAGAAUGGUCUGGCCUCAAUAAGUCUAUCGAAGGAACCCUCCUUCGCACCAUCCCAGUCGCUUCGUCUUGCUACCCGGGAAACCCGUUCGACUCCCCUUAUAAUUGUUCCGAUGUGACAAAACAUUGGUCUUACGCCGCCUAUCACUCCGCUUGGCCCGAAAGUACCGACUACUCGAUCUACAGUAACAACUCCUGUGUGCCGCCCGGUGCGGAUGGAUACAGCAAGGAAAAACGUUGCAGCAUUGAUGGAUUACCUCAAUACAUUGUUAAUGCCACCACUGAGAAUCAAGUUUCUACUGCCAUGGCAUGGGCGUAUCGGAAAGGAAUCCGUACGGUGAUCAAGUCGACAGGCCAUGAUCUUGGUGGCAGAUCAACUGGUGCUUAUGCCAUCUCUAUUUGGACCCACAACUUCAACCAAAUUCAACAUCUCCUAGCCUGGCGGGUGCCUGGAAGCAAUGAAACCGCCGACGUGGUCGUCGCUGGGGGCGGGAACAACUGGGGUUCUGUUGGUACCGUCGCUCAUCAGGUAAAACGAACAGUAGUUGGAGGCGAAGACGCGACUGUGGGACUGGGUGGAUUGAUCUUAAACGGUGGCCAUGGACUCUUGUCUAGCCACUACGGUCUGGCAUCCGAUCAGGUACUGCAGGUCACUGUGAUUACUACCGACGGUCGCCGCCUAGUUGCCAACGAUGAGGAGAACCAAGACCUCUUCUGGGCGGUUCGGGGAGCUGGCGGAGGUCAAUUCGGAGUCGUGACUGAAUUCAUCCUCAAAACUCAUCCCGUUCCUGCUAGUGUGGUCACUGGUAGUCUGACGUUCUAUCCGCGUCACAAGUCAAAUGAGAGCGAGAACGCGUCCUGGGCAGCCCUUGCCGAAACAGUUGCCCAGAUUCCAGAUUUGAUGGAUACAGGCAUCACGGGGACGGUGACCUCAGUGACUGGCGAGCAGGCCGUAAGCCUCUUGGGCCUGAGUGAAGCUGUCCCCGGAGCAGCAGUUUUUGUUAGUUUAACCAGCUACAACUCGACCACGGAAAGCAUGAACGCUACUCUCCACGAACUCGAAUCUCAAAUAACCGAGGGUCAUCACCCUCAUCUCAAUCUCACUUUGACACCACCAACUUCCCAGAGCUACUGGUCGUUUACCAAGCCAAACUACCUCGCCAGCCAGUCAGCUGGCUCAACGAGUUUACUUACCAGCCGGCUCUUAGGAAGACCCGAGCUGUUCAGCCUCAAGAGAGAGAAUUUGAUCGAUUAUCUUCAGCAGAUCUCUGUUGCACAAGAUACCGAGAAAGGUUCUAUGUUGUUGUUCGGUAUGCAGGCUGGGCUCGGACCAGCCAACGUCCCCGAGAAGAGACGUGGAAGCGUUCUUCCAGCUUGGCGCACAGCAUAUGCCCAUGUCAUGGCAUAUGGUGCCUCCGUGAAUGCGACAGGGGAUCCAAGGCAGGCUUUGGCAGCUGGUGCACAGUGGUAUGAGACUGUCAAAGAGCCCGUUUGGAGGAACUGGGCUCCCAGUAGCGGAGCAUACAUGAACGAAGGCAAUCCCUUCACCAGUACGUGGAAACACGAUUUCUACGGUGAGAAUUAUGAUCGGCUUCUAGAGACUAAGCUCAAGUACGAUCCGAUCGGAAGUAUAUUUGUUUGGAGUGGGAUUGGAAGUGACAUGUGGAACUAUGAUUUGCACAGUGGUCUGCUUUGUCGGGUGGAUUAG